AUGGUGAAAUCUGGGCGUUCAGAGGAGAUUCACUACUCCGAUGAGCGAGGUGUCUUGCCUGUUUGGCUUUAUAUUCUUCGUAUUUUCAGCGAUGAUACCCAUGUAAACACCUUAGAAGUCAAGUCCCCCCAACUUAUGCUUUCUAUUUUUCCCAAUCGGGCCUUUACAGUAAUAUAAGGGAGGGCAGAAUAGCAAAAGGUGAACAUCCAAUAAAAGUCAGUAUGUGGGAGAGGGUUGAGGAGCGUUCAGAGGUCAGUGGUAAGAUUGUAGUUCUGUCUGGGCAUAAGAAGGAGGAGGGGAAGGUGUCUGGCGAUUAGCUGCCUCUGUUUCAUCUCUGUAACGCGACGUGGUGGGUGUGAAAACAUAUGCUGGGUUUUCCUUUGCCCAGCGAACCUUAACGCUUGUACGAAUGCUUUAUGCGAGCACAAGGCUGGUUGGCUGACCGCACUGCCUCUGCCGUCGCAAGUAUUCGCUGACGCAUGAACUUGGAGUGUCUCGACGACACUACAGAUGAUUCGGAAUGCUUGGUUGACAUCUAGCCGGUAACCGCUCUCGACCAAGUAAGCUGCAAUCGCCCUAGAUCUAGGGAUGGGCUCGAGAUGGGCUUUUCCCAACCUUGACUUGACCAUUCAGGAUGUAGCUCUCGCAUCCGCUUAGAUAGACGCCUAGUUGUUCGACCAAUAUAACCUGCCCCACAGGAGCCAGUGAAGGCGUAUAUCCGCACCGAUGAGAUCUGAAAGGUAGUCUAUCCUUAUCUUCAAGGCAAAGAGACGCAUUGCUUGUGGAAACCAGUCUUAUCUUAGCGACUGGAUAUGUGCGCGCGGUAGCAGCGUUUAAGCGACGAUGUAAGAGUUCGCCCGCCGGAUCCCCUCGGAAUGGCAGUUGGCGAAAUAAUUCCUCAGCCGUCGGCACAUCAGAUUUUGGAGGGCGUUCUUCCACAUAGUUGUCGAUAAGCUUUUCAGGAUAGCCGUUUUCUCAGUGCUUCGUGCAAUGGCGAGCUCAUCCUGAAGCCUGUCUGAAGCGCAUAUUCUUCUAGCUCGGUUGGUGAGGCAGGGGACCAAGCUUCGAUUCAGGCUUAGCAGAACAGAACUGUAGACAUUUGUGUAUUACCCCGUCCGUGUUUUCUCGCGAAAUACACUUCUACUAGUUGUUCCAUCUGACGUUCGAUUAAGCAGGACGUUCAGAAAUGGGAGGCACUCUCUGUUAUCUUUUUCCAAGGUGAAGGGUAACGCUGUUUGAGCCUGAUUCACUUUACACAGGAGAAUGUCCAAGUAGAGCUUUUCAUCCACUAUUGCGAAAAUUCCGUCAACAUAUCGGGCAUAGGAAUAACGAUCCGUCAUCAUUAGACAGAGCUGGGUUUUCUCUAGUUUUCCCAUGAAGACAGCUAAUAGUGGUCCGGGGGUGAUCCCAUCGCUACGCCGUUGAUCUGGCGGUAAAAUCGACCAUCAAAUCUGAAUUGGAUAUGCAAGUCUCUGUCCAGCAUUCUGGCUGGGAAAUCCAGCCUUAAAAUCUCGUCACAUAAAAAUCCCAUCGUUUCAGUGGGAGGAAUGUUAGUGAACAGACGUGACUUCUAGGGACAGCAUCGGUUUUUCUUUAAGAUUUCCAUGUCUUAUGGAAUCGACGAUUCCAAAUAUGUCCCGUAAACUGCGUAGCGCUAUUCUGUCGAAUCGGCUUAAACCUUUCUGCCAGCCAGUUAGCAAUUGCAUGAUAGGGGGAAUUACUCAUGUCUAAUAUCGGCCGCAUCGGAAGGUCUGGUUUGUGGAUCGUUGGCAAAUCAUACUGGCUUGGGGAUGUCGUGCCUGUGGGUUUAAGAGCUUCGAACUCUUGUUCACUAAGAAGACUUUGACUUUCAAUUUCAUAAGACAUUUUGUAAGUUGGGCUUUUACGUUCUCUGGUUGGUCCGUAUUUUGCCUCUCUCUUUUGAACUUCAUGUCAUCAGCCAGGAUUAAUUCUAUUUUUGAAACGUAAACACUUACUAAUUAGGAGACUAGAACCUUUGUCCGGUUUGGUGACGAGUAUGUCCUUGUCUUUACGUAAUUCUUCUAGUUCCUCCAGACGCUCUUUUGUGAUAUGCCUGAUCCUUGGUGGUUUUGCCCUAAGGUAUUGGUAGCAACUAUUCACGAGUGUUGAUUCGGGAUACUCCGUUUCCUCCGGCGGCGUAGGUACCAGGUCGUGCGUCUGAUCUACGGCUUUGCAAUUUGAACUUCUGUCACGAGUCUGGUUUUUGGUUAGAAAAACAAAACUUUUGGCCUCAGGGAGAGUACCUCAAUCAAAUAUUUGGCAAGCGCUAAGUUAGUGAAAUUAGGUACAUACUGCUCCGAAGAAUUUGGGGAAUUUUGCCUGUGUAAUGAAUCUCCAUCCAUUUUGGUUCCAUCCGUCUUUUAGAGCAAAACCACUAAGAAUCAGGCAUAUCAGGUGUAGAUUAUUUGCUGUCUUAUAAUACAUAGGCGAAUCGCCGGAUACCGAAAGAGUGCAUUAAGUUAUUUACGAGGUGGAAGACGAACUUCAUCAUUACCAGAAGAUAACUAGAUUUACCCAGUUUGUCGCUAAUCGCAGCGGGCCGCUCUUUGUGUUCGGUUUUUAGGGCUAUUUUGAAUGUUGCCGUUGAAAUAGGAAGGCUAAAAUGGCGUUGACUUUCACAGACUUUUGUUAGAUGUUUACCUUUUGCUAUUCUACCCACCCUUAGAUUUCUGUAAAGGCCCGAUAAUGAAUAAUCAAAAGCGUAAUUUGGCGGGACUUGGCUUUUUCGUAUUUUCUUGUAUAGUGGUUGAGGUAUCCGGUUAGUUGGUCGUCACGAGCUUACGUUCCGUCUAACGUUUUAGUUUUGCGCCGGCGAAUUUAUGCGACCUUUCGGCCAUUAGACUGCGGGGUAGGCGUAGCUAAAAGGCACAUGAAAGGGAAUUCUGCCUUGGCCCUCGAAAGUGGCGUAAUAAUAAAAUUUAGCGUGUGAAAUGAUAUAAUUAAAAUAUUUCCAGAAAAUAACGCGGAGUUGUGCAAGUGGGAUAAAGACAUGUGGAAGUUAAUGCGGAAUAAUCUCGCUAGCACUUGCCAGCGGUAUGCUGAACAAGUAAACGUCAGUCUCGUUGGACCGCGUUUUUUUAAAAGUGAAAACAGGCGGUACUGUGCCGAGUCCAGGCGAUCCUGUUUAAGGUCUCUGAGUCGUGUCGUACAUUCUGCAUACCUGCUUUUGUGAUUGUGGUCUUCCGUUGUUCUACAUCAUACACGUAAUACCUGUCGUGACCAUAGCCUCUGGACCUCAUAAGGCAGUCCCGAUUCGAAACCAGACGGCAGAACAUGUGCCCGCACGUCUAACAGCAUUCGGUGAUCGAUGCCACAAUUAUAACUACCGUUCCCGAAAACAGUAACGGAAGCAUCCAACACAAAACAAGCAAGGGCAUGGAACUCUUACAUAUUUGCAGGCUGCUGUUAGUGAAAACGGCCCAGCCCGCAUACUUUCAUUCCUUUGUAUAUCCGGUACUUCGGCACUGCUUCUUUUAUACUUGCCGACUUCUCCAACAAAUUUCUCGCCCCACAACUACGAAGUCCUUGAGUUCUUAGGGAAACAAACUCGAUCACAUGCCCCCAGUCCAUUGUAGUCCUACAGUUUGUUAACUAGGCUAGGAAACGCCAUACCUAACUCACGCACCCUUGCGCGUUAACGACUGACUUCAAAUGUUCUCCAAAGUAUUCCGUUGUCUUUCCAACCCUUAUUCUAAUUUCUUAAUGGUUUGGCUAUUUUGACGUAAAACUUGUAUAUUUUCUUCAUGCCUCAAGGUAGCGCCGGUGCCUAUUCCUGAUGUUUACCGAAAGCGGUUUUUGCUCAGUAAAUUUAAAUGACAAAUUAUGCUCUAUCAUUUCACCCUUGUCUUAAGAAAACAUUAACCCAGUCCUGGAUUCGUGAAAUACGGGCGCGAUUUUGUUCUCAUUUUUGCUUCUUUGCCCCUCUAUUUAGAUACUCACCACGACAAACAAAACGGAGAAUACGAGUGCUGGGUAUGACCUUACCGGUUUUUGUAAUUCCAAGUUUUUGGUGUAUGAUAAAUAAUCAUUUCUUGCAACUCGUUUCUCUUAAACCUUUCCCACUUCGCGUAAUGACUCAUGCUUUCGUAAAAUUCUCAAAACUACGCAAGUCAUACGUACCGGUCGAGGAUCCGACUUCGAAGUCCAUUGUUCCUAGCUUUAAGCCAGCCGAUCAUACGAAGUGUUUUCAUCUGCGACUGAUUCCUUAGCCCGUCUUUGUUUUUAUGACAAUGGUUGUCGAUUCCGGUAGUUCUUAUGAGACGUGUACUUAAAAACGGUUUGCGUUUACACAUCUUUGGCCCUAACAGGUUCACUUUAUUGCCUAUUUGGCGGUGUCUCAAGCACACACAUAGCGGCACAUCGUCGUUUUGCCAUCAAAUCCGCCGUGAAUUAAGAUAGACAGGAGCUACGCGGCCACUUGAACCUAAUCGUUACUUAAUUCACCGGUAUUAACCGUCAUGAACUGGCGCUCCAUAAAUAGUUGUUCACAUCAUCUUGAAAGUCAGUCCUAGGAAGUAUCUGGCAUCCUGCCGAAGUAGGUGAGGGCAGGAGGACUUGCGUUGAAGAAGCAAGGAGUAGUGACUGCCAGGCACACUUCAACUUCUGCUUAAGCUUUUUGUCUUUCAGGCUGCACGCCGCCUCCCUGCUCUGUCCUGAUUUUACUGCUACUUGCCAACUCUGGCUUUGCCGACCUUUGAGGCAUUAAAUAUAUUGUAUUUCUGUCAGCCAUCUGGCACCUCUAUAGUUUGCUUUCCAUACCGUUUCCUAGUGACUGCGAAAGACAGAAAGCCGAGAUGGACCCUCCCACCCUCCUUCUGCGCGUCAAACGUCCAUUCAGUGAGCCUCCUGUGGAAUGUUUCAACACCGUUCCUUGCAAGAAACGCUGCCAGUGGUAUCCAGAAGUACAGAAGGGAAAGUGCUUUCGUUACGUCGGCUCAACAACCCAGGAAAGCACCUUGAAUGAAGGCGGCCUCGACGCUCUGCAGGACAUGGGGGCAGUUGGUGCACGCCGCAUAUUUUGGACGUCUACCUCCACUGCCUGUGUUAUCAACCCCGAAGACGAGAAGAAAAUCGACUAUAAGGUAGAUCUACUUUUACUACCUUGGAUAUUUAUAUCUUUUCCUAUAUUUUUUGCGCAUUUAGGGCAGCAUUUGCACUAUUCGAGUACUAACGCAUGUGAUGCGGAAUAAGUUCGUAUUCCCUGGUAUUUGUAUGUCACCGGACCCUUUAUGCACAAUGUACUACUACUUGAUGGCGACCUAAUAGGAUGUCAAGGGACAGUCCGAGGAACUUUGCGCGUACAAACUUGCAAGUAUGCAUUUAUGGUAGGGACCGAAAGCCAGGGAAGAUAGUUAAGCAUUUUAGCCUACGCUCAGCUAGAGAUGAGUAUCAGCAAAGACGUUGUUGUGAAGCGGUGGCUGCUCACCUCCAAAUAGGGCUGUAUGCGACAUUUCCGUACCACAGACUGACCGUCCCCUGAAAUGGCACCUUAGUGGAUGUCCAAUACCUCCAGAACUGAGGUAGAGGGUGGUCAUAAUUGAUCAGCGAUAUUGUAAAGGAGUAUGCACCAAACCUUACGAAUGUUUGGGAUGUCCAAUGACGAUAGUACUGAAAAACUGAAAAUCUUGAUCUUGAUACCGAAAGGGAGAAAUAAAGACACGUACCAGGCAACAAGGAUCCUGGCCCAUCCGCGCUGGUGACUGAUGAUUUUUGAUUCUACGAUUGGUAUGGUUGUGAAGUGGUUAACUGACGAUUGUAGGUAACCCUUAGACUACAGUUCACAGCCUUUUUGCAUUGAUUUCACGGUGUAUAGCUUACUACUAUCCCGGUAUAUUCAAGACCUCCAACUUGGACUUCAGUGAACCAGUUGAGCAGCCUUUCUCCAUACUGUAACAAGACUAGUUUGGUGGGUGCGGCUUCAGCGAGUUUGCCUCACGAAUCAGGAGUAAAAGGGACUUCGCGCAACUAGCGGGCUUAGUUAAUGGGGUUCAGUGGUGUCCGGUGGAAGUUUAAAGUCGGAGUCCAAAUGCAGUGUAACUGCAGACCAUUUCCUGUUGAUUUUAUUUGCUGAUUUUCCCUAGUCCACCCCUAUAAGAACAGUUCCAGUCACUCCACAUUUCAUACUGCGCCAUCCGUCCUAUCUGCUGUAAAAGAGGCUAGAUCUGUAUGUGUAGAGGGCCAUACUCUACCCAGGUUAACAUACUUGAGGUCUUUUAGUGCCGUCGACAAGACUGGUUAUUGUACCAUCAAAAAGAGAAGCUCAAUAACUCGAAAUCAGGGAUGAGGUUUGACACUUAUAAUGGCACCGUGACAGCAACCUCUACUGGCCGUUCAGUAAGCAAUCUCGCCAACGUUGUUAUGGCCAGUUUCCGACAAACCAAAAUACUAGGGGAAAUAACUUCAAACAAACAAUCCGAUAGGCUGUUGGGAACCUGUCUAUACAGGAAAUUUUUGAAAUGUUUUACUCGAAAUUAGGCGGACCAGAUCAGGCGUAAUGAAAGUCGUAUAAACUUUGUAGUUGGACGCGGUAAUAAGGACCUCUCCUCGGACCAAUGGUUACCUUCCGCUAAAUUUCAGGGGGGUUAGGGUUGAAUUCAAGGCGUAGGAUAAGAACAGUAGGUGGGCUAACUCAUGAACUGUCAACUGAAAUUCCGAAAUGCGUUUUCGUUUCGAAAAGAUUAAUUAAGUAGGGUUGUAAAACUAGUCAGCCUGCAACAUAAUUCUAUAAUAUUUCAGCUACCUCAGGAUGCCGGCUUUCGAAUGAAGUUCCUUCCGGCUGCAUGUAAGAACUGCACUCUGUAAAAAAUGGCAACUUAAGUAGCAUGAAUUUUUCUCAGUGAUUUUCAUUGCCUUUGAAAGUCCAAUCAUAUUUAAUGGAAAAUAUGCAUAAAAAUAUUCAUUCUUUUGCUCAUUCGGUAGACAAUUACGUCUUUUUUCAAUUUCAUGCUCGAAGGAAGGGCAUAAUUCGGUUUACAAAAACAUUUCUAAUUCCCGAAUAAUUUUGAACCCGCUCUACCGUUACACUUGAAUUCUGGGUUUCCAAACUACAAGCCGUAUAUUUUCCGCGUACGAAAAACUACACAUUUCUCUACGGUACUAAAGGAGGACCAUAUAGGGUUCACAAAAUUUAACAGUGGAUUUGCUCCAUAUUGUUAACUUUACAAGCCACAUUGGUUACUACAGGGACAUGACCAUUUAUGAACGGCCAUUUCACGGCAUUUAAGUCCCACAAUUAGAAACUUUUUUAAAACCGAAUUAUAUCCAUCCUUCGAGUAUUUGAAUGGAAGAAGACGUAAUUUUCUACCGAAUGAGCAAAAGAAUGAAUAUUGUUAUGAAUGUUUUCCAUAAAAUAUAAUUGGACUUUUAGGAGCAUCGAAAAUCAAUGAGAAAAAUGCAUGCUACUUAAGUAGUCGUUUUUUUGCAGAGUAUAGUUUUUGCAUGCAGCCGGAAAGAGGUUUUUCGAAAGCUAGCAUAUUGAGGUAACUGAAUUAUUAUAGAAUUGCGCUGCGUGAUGUUUACUUUUACAACCCUACUUAAUUAAUCUUUUGGAAACGAAAACACAUUUCGGAAUUUCGGUUGACAUUUCAUGGGUUAGCCUACCUACUGUACCUCUGUAGAAUCAAGCGCAAAUCUACCUGCAGUACUAGGGGUCCAUACCUCCCUGCCCGACCAAACCAUGCAAACACUCGCGUCUAAGCUCUGUCCUGGGAGACUGCAGCCUGAAUAAGUUCAUUCAGCAGCCGCAGCAGCAUCAGGGAGGAGAGUGUAUACGAUCGGUGGCUACGCAAACGCACAUGGGCAAACGGAUUUCGCCUCACAUGCAUGGAGAAAUGCAAAGAGGACCAUCGAGUUUUUUCCAAGCCAGUUAUUCACGAGCAUAGCUAGGAGGGUUCUGAAAAUUGCGAUUUUUCUGUUUGUCGUUCAGGCAUUUCAGACGAAAACACCGAAAAAUUUGCUUGCUUAUUGCUUGAUUUUAUCAUUGGCUUAGCUGUUUCAGCAUUCGUAAGCCUACUCAGACGACCAUAAAGUAACUCACACAAGGAGCACCUUUACCUCCCAGUUCCAAAUGCUAGCGCCUGGCCAGAUUUAGCUUGAAGUAGUUGAAUCCCACGUCCACUGCCGUAGGUAAUGCAAUUUAUAGAAUUACUUGCUAAUCGGAAACACAUACACACACGCAGCCUCACAUUAAUUAUAUCGCGUGCAUUUUGUAGCGACAGCUUGUCAUCUGCUCACAAUAAUUUUUGUAGCAAACUUUUGGGGCAGAGGAUGAAAUUGCUUUUUGACUCAUCUAUCAGUUCGAGCCGCUCUUCAGUCGGAGCAAGAUUACAACCUUGGUUUUAUUUUAUAUGACCAUUCAACGCCUUCCUAAGUGUGAUGCCCGAAGCCGCUGUAAUGCUGACAGAGCGCUAUUGAAGUCGACAGAUAGUGAAUUAUCCUCCGAUAUUUCUGCCCUCAUGUAGGUGCUAUUUUAGAUUGUUAAACAGAUGGAUAAUGUUAAGUGUAGGAUGAUUUCAUUAGAAGCACACCGAACCCUAAGCACGGAGGGGAUCUCAAGAUAGUUGCUCAUCUGCCGUUUUCCAAAAAAACCCAGUCCAGCGUAGAUUUUCGAAAAAGCCACUGUGCAACCGUGCCAAACUCAUCAAUAGGGUGAAACAUGCCUUUUAGAAAGCAACUUCAUGAAUAUAUACCAAAAAGUAAAUAGUAUUUCGUAACAAGUCAACCACUUCUCAACUUGUAUAUGAUUCUGCAAUUGAACAACUGUUGAGAAGAUGAAGCGUUCAUGUUAACUUUUUGAUUAUUGGUCAACGACUGUUCCCCCGCCCUCCCGAAAGAACAUUUUCUGAUAUAGCUCAUAGGUGCACUUCCAAACCGUGUUGUAAAUCUAAAAGCGUACUCUUUUAAGGUAAACCUGUCUGGCACCAAACGCAGAUUAUCAUCUUCACCAAAGCGCCGCUCUAAGUCGCCUCCGGAAGUUGUCGCAGCCGAACCAACCGAAGGUGGUCCACCCAGCAGCAAGUGCCUACGUGUUAUCGACCUCCAAAGUUACACUUCUGCUGUCCCGGCCACCGAUCCCUUGGCAAUAACUAUGAACGGCUUGCGUCUUGUUGCCACCCCAGUAAAGCCCCAAGAAGAAGAAUCGGAAAAGGCGUCAACAGUGCCUUCCGACAACCAUUUCGUCUACGAUGUCUACCGGAUAGAUCCAGGGGCCAGAAUUGGACGUUUUAGUUCGGAGGGCUCAGAUCUCGAGGACUCAGACCACCGGUAUGUCUAUGUAGACGUAGAGGACGCUGAAUACAAAGAUGACGGUGACAUUUUUGAGGACGAUUCCGACUCCAACAGCGAGUCUAACUGGCGCAACGAUUACCCAGACGAUGAUGACGAGUUUGCCUACCUGGACAAAGACGAUGAAGAUACCGACAGUGAUGACCACGACGACGACUCCAGCGAUGAGGAUAAUGAACUUUCGCGACACCGGCCUUACCAAUUAAGGCGUGCAAUUUUCUCCAACGAUCCUUUUGGAUCGUUACUGCUAUGA